AUGUCCAGCUCCUGCGUGGCCCAUCGAACCACCAUCCUCGCCGAACACUCCUCCCCGGGCACCUCAUCCACCGCAGCCUCGUCCCUAGCAUCCAUCAUCCUCCCCAAGAUUUCCCACGACAAGUCCCAAAAGCUCACUUACACCCAUGAACGCCUGUUCGUACACUACAUUGCCGACUCGCCAACAGGCGCGUCCGCCGACGAGCAUGGCGGCCGCAGCGAGCCCAGCUCCUUCGCACCCCUGAGCUUCGUAGUGGUCGCAACAGCCGAGCAAGGCCGCCGCAUCCCCUUCGCCUACCUCCUCGAAAUGAAACGCAAGUUUUUGUCCACAUACGCACCCUCCAGCACGGACUAUUCUGCUCUCCCGGCCUACGGCUGCGCCGCCUUCAAUGCCGAGCUGCGCACCCUCCUACAAACGUACAACACCGCCCCGCCGGCUGACUCGCUCGCCUCUGCGCGGCGCGAGAUUGAUAGCGUGCGCGAUAUCAUGACGGAGAAUAUUGAGCGCGUACUCGAGCGCGGCGAGCGGAUUGAUCUGCUGGUUGAUAAGACCGAUCGGCUGGGCGGGAGUGCGCAUGAUUUCCGGAUCCGCAGCCGUGGUCUGCGACGGCGAAUGUGGUGGAAGAAUAUCAAGCUGAUGGUGCUGCUGGGGAUUGUGGUUGUGUUCUUGCUGUAUCUGUUUAUCGGGGCGGGCUGUGGUCUGCCUGCGUGGGCCAAGUGCGUGGGGCAUAAGAAAGAGGACUGA